AGAAGCUGCUGCUGGAAAACCAGCUCCUGCGGGAGAAGACGUGUAACCUUGCUCUGGAGAACCAGGAGCUUCGCUGCCGCCUGGGUUUAGAUGCUCUGAAGACGGAGGAGGAGAGCGAGCCCAAGGUUGUGAAGGAAUCACAGGUGGAUGAGAUUAGACUGGUGACCGGGUCCGCUGAGUCCGCAGCACUCAGACUACGUGUUCCUCUGCAGCAGGUGCAGGCCCAGCAGUCACCAUUUCUGAUAACUUUCACAUGGAUUCUGAUGGCAGUGUCUUCAGACUCAGAGUCUGAUCUCCUCUUGGGCUUUCUGGACAGUCUGGACCCAGAGAUGUUUCUCAAAUACGCUGAUUCAGAGUCAACGUGCCUGGAAAAGCUGGAGGAAGAGAUCUGUGGAGAAACAAAUUCCAUACCAACCUCCCCCUCUCCUUCUUUGGGGUCCUCAUCAGCUAAGCUGGAGGCCAUUAAUGAACUGAUAAGGUUUGAUCAUGUAUACACAAAGCCCCUAAUACUGGAGAUUCCUGUUAAAAUGGGCAACCCAGCCAAUAUGCUAGUGAAAAUUGAGGAAGUAUCUCUCUCUCCGUCUGAAGACAAAGCUAUCCUUGAGGUCCCAGUAUCUGUGAAAGAGGAACCUGUAGACAGCUUCAUGCCUGAACUGGGCAUCUCUCAUCUGCUUCCCUCUCAUCAUAGCCUUGCAGCCUCAAGCUCUCUGUUGGAUGCCUGUAGUGACUCUGGAUAUGAAGGAUCCCUGUCGCCCUUCAGUGACAUGUCCUCUCCACUUGACACUGACCGUGCUUGGGAGGAUAGCUUUGCCAAUGAACUCUUUCCACAACUGAUCAGUGUCUAACUCAGUAGUGUUAACUUCCCUUGGAUAACUAUCCUGGCAGGAUAACAGGAUAUGCCCCUUUAGGGAGUGUGGGGGAAAUCCAGUGUAUUCAGAAAAGUGUUGCUCACUUCUAGCCAUGCUAGCAUAUGGAGUGAUGGAUAAUUUCUCCUGGUACAAAAAAAGCCUAGGAAA